AAGAGAGGGGGCUAGAAGUGACAGGGCACUCCCUAAACACAAGCACAGAGUGAGGUCCGGAGAGAGACGGAGACGUGUGCGGGGACACAGCGGGAGAGAUGUGCUUAGUCACACCCUGAGUGUGUCACACGGGAGCCUCAACUGACUGCAGGGGGUGGGGUUAGGGUGGGGUGGGCCGAGGAAGAGGGAGAGGCUGACUGCUGCUUGGGGACGACAAGUCCGGGGCCACCAUGAAGACUCUGAAGUUCCUCGCCGCGGAAAGUUUUGCGCGGGGUGGCUCCCACUCGGCCAAGAGCAUUGGCUUCCUGUCGCACAACCUGUACCCGCUGCUGUUCAAGGCCGCCUACUUGCACGAGCGGCCGCAAUUGCUGCAUGCACUGGUGCAGGCCUGGCCGCUGGUCCAGCUGGACAUGCAUCGGCUGCUGGGCCGCACUGCGGACUGCGGUGAGGACCUGACGGAGCGCACAUGCCGCUGCUGCCUGGAAGCGCUGCUCUAUGGUCUGCGUGACCACGUCCUAAGCUCCGGUGCCACCUACGCCAAGAGCCUGCGUUCUGUUGACCUGACGGGGCUCCGUGACGUUGAGCGGCAGCACUGCCCCUGUGGACGCACGCUGGGCCGCUGGGGACGCACACAGCUCGCCGCCCGCAUGUGCCUGGAAGCGCUGGUGAGCUCGCAGAAGGGAAGCGAAGACCCGAUGCAGCCUGUGGACAUAAGGCUCAAUGCGUUCGUCACGGGCCGUAGCUACGAGGAGGUGAGCCAUGCGCUAGCGCUGAGGGUGCACUCACCACUGCGGCUCUCCUGCGUCGCCCUGCGCACCGACUCCCUCAGCCUCAAGCAACUGGCCUACGUGAUGCGGCUGGCCGAGCCGCCCGCCCUGCGCCGCCUGGAGGUCGUCCACAACGUGCACCUGGAGGCCCCGCACCUGGAACAGCUGCUGUUACGGGUGCCUUUCUGUGAGCUCUGCUCCCUCACGCUGCCAGCGCGAGCCCUGGACGUCCGGCGCCUUGGACCUGGGGACGAGGGGUUGCUGGGCACCAUCGGCGAGCUGCUGAGCCGCCUGAAGCAGCUCACGGAGCUCUACCUGGCCUUCUCCACCCUGACCGGGCACCUCAGGAGGCUGCUAAGCCCCCUGGAGACCCCCCUACGGUGCCUGGAACUGGCCAACUGCAGCCUGAACAGCGCCGACAUGGUGUACCUGUCUAAUAGCCUGCACGCCGAGCACCUGGUCAGCCUGGACCUGAGCGGCCACGCCCUGGCCGACGCUUUCCCCAACCCCUUCCUUAAGCUGCUGCGCCGCUGUUCGGGGACCCUGGCCAGCCUGACCCUGGAGGAGUGCGGCCUGGAGGAGCAGCACCUGGAGCUGUUGGCGAGGGCCCUGGCGCCCUGCCGCACCCUGCGCCAGCUCAAGCUCCUGGGCAACCCACUGAGCUCACGGGCCCUGAACGUCCUCCUCGCCGGCCUGGCCAUGCACCGCAGCCUGCGCUAUGUGGAGCUGCCGGUGCCACGCGAGUGUUACCCCCGCGACGCCGCCUACCCACUGGACGAGGCCGAGCUGGUAAAGUACGACCGCACGCGGUUCGAGGAGGCACGGGCAGAGCAGCUGGCACUCCUGCAGCAGGAGGGCCGCCCCGACGUGGAGGUGUGCACUCCGCUGCUAGGUGCCUACGACCCAGACAUCAACGAGACCAGCAACGAGCUCGGCAUGCAGAUGUUGCAUUCCUUCCAGGACAUCCUGGGUAACUUCAUGGACACCAUAACGGCCCAAAAGUAAGCCAGUAGGGGGCGUGAUGGUUAUGCACUUCGAAAGCUAAAAACACUUAAGCUGAAUUGAUCCAGUCAAAUAUCGGACUGUAUAAAUGGAGAUCGUAUCUCAGUCACUGUGCAUGAGUCUUUAUUUAGAUACGACCAAAAUUGUCCGGUACAAAGGACAAUUUUAGAUAAAUACUUUUUACAAUACUUCUUAGAUAAAAAGUAAACAAACGAUACGACUUCAAAAUUGCAGGGUCGCGCUGCACUAAGAUGAUGCCCCCACUAGGGGUGUAGAACAAAUUUUAAACUGAAAGGAAAAAGUCUUGGAAAGUCUUGUGGUUUUCUUAAGGUUUUAAGGAGUCCUAUAGGACAUUUACUUGUAAGAAAAAUUUACCUAUAAAGUCACAUAAUAAAAUGACACAAAAUGACGAUAA